AUGUUCUCUGACAGGAAGGACCACAGAGGCUUCAAGCCCCACACCUCUCACUUCUUCCCUUGGCUCCGCAAUGGCCUGAAAGCCAAUCAGGACAGCAACCUGGGACUAGACGGGGCGUACACAUGUGGCACCGAGCCUCGCAGCACCCUGAGCCCACUGGGGAAGGCCAAGGGGGUCUGUCUCUUAUCAAAGGACUUGAUCCAGGGGAAGGACAAAGAGAAAAAAGGCGACGCUCGCUGUAAUGGAGUGGGUUUGGCCAAAAGACUGCCUGUGGUGCUGAGGGGGCAUCACAUCCUGCCAGGGAGCCUGGGGAGGCAGAGGGGGGACAGCCCUGCCAGGUGGAAACAGCCUCCGGAGCAAAAUCCAGAUUCAGACAACCCCGGAGACAAACCAAAGCGUCUGGGCGACACUUCACCAUCUGUCCACGACUACUCCUCUGAGUACUCUGUGGUUAGGAGCCAGCUCGGCCCCCCUAACCCCCCUCCCUCACAGACCGACAGGACUAGCCCCCCGGUUAGGAGGUACGGGCCCCUGCUAGUUCCCACUCCCGUUUCUGGUCCUGCGCGGCCUGGAAAGUUCAAAGGUCAGGAGCCAAACUGCAACGCGCCGGUCAUAGUAUGUAUGGAGGAAGGGAGGGAGAAGACGUGGCACUAUGCCAGACAUACCUACCUUCAGCGGGACCUCCAUUCGUCGAUAUUGCUGAACUCUGCAGAGAGGCAGCAGGGUCUCGACCACAGCAAAGAACGGAGCCAGAGGGAUCUGGCUGGAUCCGAGGAGCCAUUGUCGGUGGCUGCUUUCAAUGGCCCCAACUCCCUUCACGGAGUCAUCUUCUCUACUGAGGUGCCUCUGAGAGAUAGAGAUUCGGGCUGUAGCAGGAAACCCAGACCCAGCUCGGAGUGCACCCUAAGCUGGGCUCAGAGAAGUCAGACGUGGAGCCGGUCUAGGCCGACCAGCGGAGGAGAGGCACGGGUUGCUUGGAGGGAGGCAGGCCAGACGGGGCCGAGGUGCAGCAGGAAGGCCGUUCGCAGCCAGAUUAAACGGGUGGUGGCCAACCUGGAGCAGGUUCUGGGAGCCCUGAAGGAUGUCCAUCAGGAAAUGAAAGAGGUGGUAGAGCAGAUUGACUACCUCACCUCAUCCAUUGACCUGAAUGAGGAGGAGCAGGGAGGGCGAGAUGGUAAUAUGAACCCACCCAGCGACAGCAGCUCCAGCUCCAGCGGAGUCACAGUGGGCAGCAACCAUCAGAGGCCCUCGGACCAGGGAGUCGAGUCAGGGAGCAUUGACCCAUCUACCACCCUCAGGAAAGGUCGUCUGCUCAGCCAUGUUAGAGACCGGUCCCCACCGGGCGUACAGCCGCACACCCAAAACACUGUGAGGCCAUCUGAGAGGAAGACUCAAACCCUCCCGUUCACCUUCCGCAGUCUCAGGUCUUCUCCAAAAUGGAGUGGCGGACCAGCCUCAAGCUCUCAUGAUCGCCUUUCGUCAACUCCUUCAGUCAAAACUGGUGGCCUGGUUGAAAGCCUCACCUCACAAAACUCAGACUCUGCCACCUGCAGAACCAGUCCUCUCCCUGUCCGCCCCCCUACUCCUGGUCUGUCCCCCCUCACGGUUAACCUCCACCACCCUAACAGCACCCCAGGCCUCAGCAGCCCUGCUCCUCUGUCCCACUCCCCCAGGCCCUCCUCUCCCAUCAGGCUCCCCCCUCUGUCUUCACAGCCUUCCCUACUCUCUGCCAUCAGCCCUUCUGUCAUCUCAGAGACCAAAGGUGGGUCUAAUCACAUCCCGCACGCUAUAAACCUGCCUGCCAGCCCGUCCUCUCCAUCGUCAGAUGGGCCUCCGGCUCCCAGCUGCCCACCCAGUGACUGUGAAACCCUGCCUGGGACCGACGCUGGGUGGCAAGCAUCUUUAACAGAGCCCAUUCAGUUAGCUCCACAGGGGAGGCUGUCUCCUACAGCCGCAACUAAACCACCUUCAGCACAAGGCUGCAGGGGUCGCAAGCCUCCCCCUUACCCACACAACACACUCUUCGAACGCACAAAGAAAGCCAAGGAGCCCCGCAAGGCUCCUCCAUAUCCUGAGAAAAGAAGGCUGCUCUCUACUACUGUGUGAGACGACACAGCAGGAGGAGGAGGCUGGUCGAACACAGCCAGAUCCACAGCCGCAGGUCUGCGAGAGUGGGGAGUGAUUUAAGACUCGCCAAGUUGAGCCGACACCGAGUUUCCAAGGUGACGGGGUGAAAAAUCAACUAAGGGGGAACAGAGCUGGAGCAUGAGGAG